UACAAGUACACAACACCCGAAUAUACUACAAUACAAAACAAUAGACAGUCCAAGAAUCAAUACCCACCCAUCCAAAGUCGGGAGCGCUGCAGUGCAGACUGUAAUAAGAUCAAAGAAAAAGAGAGGGCUGGCUUGUCAUGGCUUGGGUGGCUCUCUAAUCCUUCUCAAAUCCCAAAUUCCUCACAAACUCUCCGUGAGACUGAUUUGAUUUUUAUUUGAUUUGCUCCCUCCCCGGAAUUCUCUUCCCCUUCCAUCCAUCCUUCCUUCCUUCCUUUUGGUGAUAAUCAAUCCCACUGCUUGGAAUUCCUUCCAGUUCCAGUUCCAGUUGAUGAAGGAAGGAAGCAGGUUGGUCCCGUCCGGUCCGGUGAUGGAAUGAUUGCCUCGGAAAGCCGCAGCAAAGCCGCACAUUCAGAUUCAGGUGGCUCUCGGUUCCCGAAUCCCCACCCUUCCUGGACAUUGGGAUCUCUGCCCAACUUCCGCUGAAACUCGUGGGUUAGGAGGUUAGGCAGGUGUUCGACGAUAUGACUGCUUCGGGGAGGAGAGAGGCGCAUGGGAAUAGUCGCCACAAUUCUCAAGCUUUAGUUCAAGCACAGUCUUCGGGUGCGUCCCAUCACCGUUACCACGAUGUCAGCACCAAUUCAGGCUUAAACAGGGGUGGGGAAUCCGUGAACAAGGCUGUGGCACAGUUCACUGUCGACGCGAGACUCCACGCCGUGUUUGAGAAAUCGGGUGAGUCUGGGAAAUCCUUUGAUUACUCGCAGAGUGUUAGGACCACUCAUGAAUCCGUUCCCGAGCAGCAGAUUACUGCCUACUUGUCGAGAAUGCAGCGCGGCGGCCACAUUCAGCCAUUCGGUUGCAUGAUUGCCGUGAACGAGUCGAAUUUCCGCGUGAUCGCGUAUUCGGAGAACGCCCGCGAAAUGCUGGGCUUAACGCCUCAGUCAGUCCCAAGUCUCGAACGGCCCGAGAUCUUGGCAAUCGGGACUGAUGUGAGAGCCCUUUUCACGCCGUCAAGCUCCGUGUUGCUGGAGAGGGCUUUUGGGGCGAGAGAGAUUACGCUGAUGAAUCCUGUUUGGAUUCAUUCCAAGAAUUCCGGGAAGCCCUUCUAUGCAAUCUUGCACAGGAUAGACGUGGGGAUUGUGAUCGAUCUGGAGCCUGCAAGGACCGAGGAUCCCGCCCUCUCUAUUGCCGGUGCCGUCCAGUCGCAGAAACUAGCAGUGAGAGCCAUAUCCCAUUUGCAGUCCCUUCCUGGGGGUGAUAUUAAGCUUUUGUGUGACACCGUGGUUGAGAGCGUGAGGGAGCUCACCGGCUAUGAUCGAGUUAUGGUUUAUAAGUUUCAUGAAGAUGAGCAUGGUGAGGUUGUGGCAGAGAGUAAGAGACCCGAUCUAGAGCCAUAUAUUGGUUUGCACUACCCGGCCACAGAUAUCCCUCAGGCUUCAAGGUUUUUGUUCAAGCAGAAUAGAGUGAGGAUGAUUGUGGAUUGUAAUGCCACUCCCAUUAGGGUCAUCCAGGAUGAAGUUUUGGCUCAGCCGCUAUGUUUGGUCGGUUCGACUCUUAGGGCUCCUCAUGGCUGCCACGCCCAAUACAUGGCAAAUAUGGGAUCCAUUGCCUCAUUGACACUGGCAGUCAUCAUCAAUGGAAGUGAUGAAGAUGGCGCUAAGGGACGGCACUCGAUGAGGCUAUGGGGCUUGGUUGUUGGUCAUCACACAUCUGCACGCUGCAUUCCUUUCCCUCUUCGCUAUGCUUGUGAAUUCCUGAUGCAGGCAUUUGGGCUUCAACUGAACAUGGAGUUACAGUUGGCUUCGCAACUAUCGGAAAAGCAUGUUCUAAGAACACAGACACUUUUGUGUGAUAUGUUGCUUCGAGACUCACCGACUGGAAUUGUUACGCAGAGCCCAAGUAUCAUGGAUCUGGUAAAAUGUGAUGGUGCUGCUCUGUACUACCAUGGAAAGUAUUACCCUCUUGGUGUCACACCUACAGGAGCUCAGAUAAAGGAUAUAGUGGACUGGCUGUUGGCAUAUCAUGGGGACUCGACAGGUUUGAGCACCGAUAGUCUCGCUGAUGCUGGGUACCCUGGGGCAGCCUCUCUCGGGGAUGCAGUCUGUGGAAUGGCCGUGGCCUAUAUUACUAGUAGAGAUUUCUUGUUUUGGUUCCGAUCUCACACUGCGAAAGAGGUCAAGUGGGGUGGUGCAAAGCAUCAUCCAGAGGACAAAGAUGAUGGGCAGCGGAUGCAUCCCCGUUCUUCCUUUAAGGCUUUUUUAGAAGUGGUCAAGAGCCGAAGCUUGCCAUGGGAAAAUGCUGAAAUGGAUGCUAUUCACUCUUUGCAGCUAAUUUUAAGAGAUUCGUUCCGUGAUGCUGAUGCAGGCAACUCGAAAGCAGUGGUGCAUUCUCCUGUUGCGGACUUGGAGUUACAAGGGAUGGAUGAACUGAGUUCUGUGGCUAGAGAAAUGGUUAGGUUGAUAGAGACUGCAACGGCUCCUAUAUUUGCUGUUGAUGUUGAAGGCCGCGUAAACGGUUGGAAUGCAAAAGUUGCAGAGUUGACCGGACUGUCUGUUGAGGAAGCAAUGGGGAAGUCUUUGGUUCAUGAUCUUGUUCACAAAGAAUCGGAAGAAAUUGCUCGCAAGCUUCUGCUUCAUGCUCUAAGAGGCGUGGAAGAUAAGAAUGUGGAGUUAAGUUUGAGGACAUUUGGCAGCGAACAACCAAAGAAAGCUGUAUUCGUGGUGGUGAAUGCAUGCUCUAGCAAAGACUAUACGAACAAUAUAGUUGGCGUAUGCUUUAUAGGCCAGGACGUUACGGGCCAGAAAGUGGUGAUGGACAAAUUCAUCCACAUCCAAGGCGACUACAAGGCGAUCAUACACAGCCCCAACCCGCUGAUCCCGCCCAUAUUUGCUUCAGACGAGAAUACUUGUUGCUCCGAGUGGAACACUGCUAUGGAAAACCUUACAGGGUGGAACAGAGGAGAAGCCGUGGGGAAGAUGUUGGUUGGGGAGAUAUUUGGCGGCUGCUGCCGGCUGAAGGGCCCGGACGCUAUGACAAAAUUCAUGAUCGUCUUGCACAACGCAAUCGGAGGCCAGGACACCGACAAGUUCCCUUUUUCCUUCUUUGACAGAAAUGGAAAGUACGUCCAAGCUCUCUUGACAGCAAACAAGAGGGUGAACAUGGACGGCCAGAUUGUGGGUGCCUUCUGCUUCUUGCAGACAGCGAGCCCGGAACUGCAGCAGGCUCUGAGAGUCCAAAGGCAACAAGAGAAGACAUACGUUUCGAAGAUGAAGGAGCUGGCUUACAUUUGUCAGGAGAUAAAGAAUCCGUUGAGCGGAAUACGAUUCACCAACUCUCUGCUGGAAGCCACAAGUUUGACGGAGGACCAAAAGCAGUGUCUUGAAACCAGUGCUGCCUGCGAGAGGCAGAUGCUAAAGAUUAUGAAGGACGUUGAUCUGGAGAACAUUGAGGAUGGGUUGGUGGAGCUUGAGAGAGCAGAGUUUGUUCUGGGAGGUGUGAUCGAUGCGGUUGUGAGCCAAGUGAUGCUGUCGCUGAGGGAAAGAGGUCUGCAGUUGAUCCGGGACAUACCGGAGGAGGUGAAGACGCUGGCGAUGUAUGGGGACCAGGUCCGGAUUCAACAGGUGCUGGCGGAUUUCCUCAUGAGCAUGGUGCGGAGUGCGCCGUCGGCCCCGGAUGGUUGGGUGGAGUUACGGCUGCAACCGAGCUUGAAGCAGGACUGUGGUGCUUCGGGGCCAGGCACGGCGCACAUCGAGUUCCGGAUCGCGUGCCCCGGGGAGGGGCUGGCGGCGGAAGUGGUGCAGGAGAUGUUCCAGAGCCAGAGGGGGGCGGGGGGGCGGUGGGGGAGCCCGGAAGGGCUGGGGCUGAGCAUGUGCAGGAAGAUCGUGAGGAGCAUGAGGGGGGAGGUUCAGUACAUCCGGGAGUCGGAGCGCUGCUACUUCCUCAUCCUGCUGGACCUUCCACUCCCAUCCCCCGCCCCCGCUCCCGCUCCCCGCGGAUCAUCAUCGUCAUCGUAGCAGAUGAUGGGUGACAGUUGGUUGAGUUGAGGAGAGGAGAGACAUCACGUCCGGUCCGGUCCGGUCCGGUCAGUCGCCACGCUUGGCUCCUUUAGCUAGCUUAAUUUAUUUCUUUUUAAUUAGGAGGCGGUAUAAUUGAUAAUUAAUGAUGAUGAGGAUGAGGAUGAUGAUAUAAUAAUAAUAAUAAUAAUAAUAAUAAUAAUAA